GUCACGGUUCUCUUUAACGAACGUGCCCGGAUAUAUCAACGUCGCAAAUUUUGCGAAUGACGGAAAGCUGAAGCACGCAGAAUUUCCGAAUAACCAAGUCGGUGUCAAGUUUGUUUGCCACUCCACAGGAACAACUGGCAUCUCGAAAAUUAUCGAAAUCACAGAGGCAACGUUCCUGUCUCAAAUUUCCUGCCGAGAAAAGUUUCAGCUGGCGACACCUGAAGACGUGUGCAUUGGAGGUGGCAACAUCUCCUUUUACGUUUGCUUUACGUACGUCUUUUUCAUCAUCUCGAUUGGAGGCACCAUUGUGCUACUCGACAAAUACAGUCCUGUUCCCGACGUCUUCGCAGCAUUGCGAGAUCACCAGGUAAACCUCGUGCACGGAACGCCGACGAAAAUUCUGGAGAUUGUUCACGAAGCCGAGAGACUCGGCCAGUCCUUCCCUCUCGUGAAGAAGUUCACCACCCUGGGAACGCCGAUGACGGAAAUGGCGAGGUCAGCCAUUCUGGCAGCGUGUGCACCAUCCGAGCUGCGAAGCUGCUACGGCAUGACCGAAGUAAGCGGCUACCUCGCAGCGCCACCCUGCGGCGAAAUCACGGCUGGCGACGUGGGCUUCCCCGUACCUGGAGCGCGAAUGAAGGUUGUGGAUCCAGUGUCUGGGGCGGUCCUUUCACAUAACCAGAAAGGGGAGGUGCUCUUUCACACACCUCACAUUAUGGUCGGAUACUAUAAGAAUCCGGAAGAAACAGCGAGCUUCACCACUGAUGACGGCUGGAUACGCACGGGAGACCUUGGCUACUACAACGAGGACGGCAGGCUGUUCGUACUGGGUCGAGUGAAGGCCGCCGUAUCAGCGAAUAACGUUUGGGCCGGACUACCCCAGAUGGAGGAGUGCCUCUCAUUCCACCCCGACGUCAUCGAGGCGGCUGUUAUGCCGAACCCCGAGUUUCCUGCCGCCAUUAUUGUCAUUCGGAAAGACGAAAUCCCGAGCGAAAGUCUCGCCGAGAAGAUUAAGGCCUUCGUCAAAGAACGUCUUCCCACAGCUCAGCCACUAGAUGGUGGUAUUUUCUUCGUUGACGCCAUUCCGAGGAGUGGAUUCGGCAAGAUCAAGCGACGGUUGCUGUCAGAAAUUAUACCCACACUCAGAAGAAUGGAUGCACCAUGCUGCAAAAGCAAUGCAUGCGCGAAAUAAAGGUUUUGUUCUUAUUCUA